AUGCCAGAGCAGUACGAACCUGGAAAGAUAGUGCUCGCCAAAGUCAAAGGGUAUCCAGCAUGGCCGGCAAUGGUACUUGAUGAAGUUUUACUUCCUUCGAAUAUUUUGCAGAAAAAGCCAAUAAGUCGAACCAAACAACAGAAACAACAGAAACAACAAAAACAACAGAAAGAUGACUUACCGCAGCCUCCGCUACUGGUGCAAUCGGCAAAAAGUAAGGCCACAAACACAAUUCUACCGAUCAAAUUUUUUAGUGAUGACACUUAUAUCUGGAUCAAUAGUCACGACUUGAAACCUCUUUCAGAGGAGGAUAUAACUACAUAUCUUGCAACCAGCUCAACAAAGAAAAGAAGGGACAAUACACUUGAACGCGCAUACCAAUUGGCUUUGGACCCCUUGGAGAUGCUGAUAUUCAUCAAGUAUGGCUCAAAUGGUGAACCAGACCACAUUGAAGAAGAAGAAGAAGAAGAGCACGAGAGCGAGGACGGGGACGAUGACGAGAAAAAAGGGAACGUUAAUGAUGACUUGAGUACCGCACUGGACUCCACAGUUGAUGUUCAUGCACCACCCAAAAAGAAAGCCAAGUUGAACAAUACAAGCAAGAAAUCUAUGAACAAUGCCAGAGAAAAGAUUCCAAAAAAGGCUGUAAAAAAAGUAUCCUCUAAAGCAACAAGCAAAACAGGUGCGAGACGAGUUAAACAAGAUACAGCAGCUGAGCGUAAAAAAGAAGUCGAGAAACAGGCUACGACCGAAUACGAUACCGAUUGGGGACUUGAUGAUUUUAACAAAUACGAUGAAGAAGAAGGGAACUAUAUAUAUGACUUUGAGGACCAACAACAGGCGAUUAUGCUGAAAGUUGCUAGUGCUACAGGAAUGCGCGAAAAUCAUGAACAGAGCUUGCAGAAAUUGCAAAAAUGGGAAGAUGUGAUUGUGGGUGGAUUGAUUGCCAUGAAUUCAGCUGAUAAUGUACUGGGUUCUGAAGAGUUGGACAAGGCACUAACACAGUUUCAAAGCUCAUGGAAAACCAUUCCACGUGUCUUGAUCAACAAGAGUAAGCUACUCAGGGUGCUAAUCUUGAACCAGAGAACACCUGACUUUGUAGAUGAUAAUUACUUGGGCGAAGAUGCGCAAAAAGCCAGAAGUCUACAGGAGAAGAAAAAAUACCGCGAAAGAAUCCGUGUGUUGUUGAGUAAAUUGGGACUCGAAGUGAGGCAAAAUACACGAACCGAACUUGACCUGAAACAAUCGGUCGAGAGCGGUGAGUCAAAACUGGCCACCCCGGAGAUAGAGUCUGUGAAGCAGGAAAGUAUCGAGCCUGUGGCAGCUGCAGCGGCUGGUGACGCAGCUAUGGUGGAGAUCACUAGCGCAAAUGACAUAAAAGAAGAAGCGUAUAAGCCAUCACCAUUGAGCAUUGAAAUUGGCUAG